UAAAGGAGUUCUCCAUUUUGACUUUGGUGUUAUUUUUAAAUUUCAAUCACAUUUUCACAUGAGAUAACUGAAGAUUUAAUAGUAAAUCAAAAGUAAAUUCAUAAAUUAAAUAAGUAAGCCUCUGUUUUGGAUUGAUAUAAAAGAGUAACGGCCUUCAAAUAUUUGGGCUUAUAUAUUAAUAAUAAAUGGGACCUCGCAGAAAAUAGAUUCAAUCUUAAAUUUGUAGUAUUCAUUAAUAUUGUUAGGUUUUCGGUUUUAAAAAUUAUAAAAGAAUUAUUCAAAUUGUGGUAAAUAUGAAUUUACUAUAUAAAUUUGAGUAAUUGAGUUUUUCUCGAUAAAGUCAAGAAUUACUAAUUAAGAAAAAUUUUGGCUCCAACACAGCUUAGCUUCUAACAAAUCAAUUGAAGUUUGUAUAUUUCAUAUGA